AUGGAUCUUAAUAUCUGGUCAACUAAAGGGGAAGAUAGGCCAAGGAAAAAAGACAGGCUGAAGAUUAUUUUGACUGUAGUGGCUGCAUCUGUUCUGCUUUGUAGUGCCAUAAUCGUCAUCCUGUGGAGAAGAAUGUUCAAACCAAAGGGGAGGAGAAAAGCUGUAACAGAUUCUGCAGAAAAUUUUCCAGACAACACUGUUCAUUUGAAAGUCUUUUCAUUUUCUGACAUUGAAGAGGCCACAGAUAGAUUCUCAGACACAAAUAUGAUAGGAAAAGGUGGUUAUGGUACUGUUUACGAGGGCAUACUACAAGAUGGUCAAAAAAUAGCAGUGAAAAAACGAUCACAAGGUUCAGCACAAGGAUUUGAGGAAUUCAAAAAUGAGGUAACAGUUACUGCAAGACUACAACAUGUAAAUCUUGUUCAGUUGCUGGGUUUCUGCACUCAUAGAGAAGAGCAAAUGCUGGUUUAUGAAUACAUGCCAAACAAAAGCCUUGACUCCUAUCUCUUUGAUCCUACAAGACGAUGUUUGCUUGAUUGGAGGAACCGAGUUGACAUUAUUGAAGGAAUUGUUCAAGGGCUUCUUUACUUGCAAGAAUACUCAAGAGUGAGGAUAAUUCAUAGAGAUAUAAAAGCUAGUAAUAUUUUGUUGAAUGAUAAAUUGAAACCAAAAAUUUCAGAUUUUGGCAUGGCAAGAAUAUUUGCAAAAGAUGAACUUGAAGCAAACAGUUGCAAGAUAGUUGGAACUUAUGGUUAUGUUCCUCCUGAAUACGUGAAAAGUGGCAUAUACUCCACUAAGUCAGAUGUGUACAGUUUUGGAGUUCUAAUUCUUCAAAUUAUAAGUGGAAUGAGGACAACAAGACUUUAUGGUGAACAUGAAAAUUUAUACCUUGCAGGAUAUGCUUAUGAAUUAUGGAAAGAAGGGAAAGGAAUGGAGUUUAUGGAUACUUCCUUGGAUGACACAUCUUCACCAUGUAAAUUGUUACGGUGCAUGAAUAUUGCUCUGUUAUGUGUGCAAGAAAAUGCAAAUGAUCGGCCGUCUAUGUUGGAAAUUUCUUCAAUGUUGAGAAGUGAAAGCAGUUUGAGAUUCCCUAAGAAACCAGCAUUCUCAACAGAAAAUGAAGUGAGAGAAGCAAAUGAUGAAAAAAUGCAUAUCGAAGUGUGUUCAAUCAAUGAAGUAACAAUCUCUGAAUUAGUCGCGCGCUAGCAUAGCUAUUUCUUGGUACGUUAA